AUGAGGUGCGUCAUUGCUCGCGUGGCCGUCCUCCCUGUCUUCAUCGCAUGCCUCAUCAUCUUGAAGACCAAACUCGAACAUUUACAUGUUGUGAGCCCAGCUUGCACGAGACCUCAACACGGACAAUCAAAGACGAUAGACAAGACAAAGCGCGUGCAGGGAACGAAUGCGUGUCGAACGCCGUUUUCACAUCCAUCCUUGCCAGAACGUGCUUGGGUCGCCCUCACUUCAUCGCCAGCACAUCCAUCAUCUUCUCAGAGAGGUCGCCGGAGUUGCAAUGCUGAGCUAAUCGCAGACGAUUCUUCGAGCACCUGUUUGGAAAAAAAAUAUAGCUUUGCUAUCGAAUUGAAGAAGCCACACAACCGCGUCCUGUGA